CUUGCAACAUUGACUUUGACAGCUCCACGGAAAACACAAGCGCAUAAAUGUCUCCCCGCGAUAUUUUCCUGAGAAAUGACUUCUACAAAUGAUGGAAAAGACGUGAAAAGUAAUCAAACAAGUGGACACAAAAGCAAAUCAUAUUACAUUGAACUUUAUACGUCUCUGGAGAAGGCGCUAAGCAGCGACAACUCGCUCGAAGAGCGCACAAGUCACGUGUGCGAGGCGUGGCGUCGCGUCUACAGCCUCUACCAGCACUCGGCGACCUCCACACAUCCCCACCUGCUCAGCUGGCUGCAGCGACACACCGCCAACACUGUGCUACAGUCAAAAUGGGCUAAAAGCAAGGAUGAGCACACACGACUCGCAGAGGCGAUCGACGGGCUGGUCGCCGAGGCGACAGCGGCGUCCGCGGGCCGACCACAACACCCAUGGGAGCAGGUCUUACUGCAUCGGGCCGCCUGGUUCAAGAAGGCCUUGGAGAACCCUUGGGACAAUCCAGUUCUAAAGAGCCUGAUCAAUCCUAAUAGCGAGCCGGUCACAGAUCAACAGGUGCUAGAAUGGCUGAUCUCCGAGCACGGCGUCGUGCUGGUGACGCGGCUGCAGCGCAUGGUGGGCGCGGGCAACUGCGACGACCUGGCGCUGCUGCUCGCCUCCGCCGUCAUGGACCGCGCGCGCGCCGUCCGCAAGCGCCAGGACGACGACUGCCCCGAACAAAAAGUCGAGGAAGAAGACAGCUCGUCGUUCGUCGCCGUUUUAGAGAGAGAGGCAAGCUUCACGUCAGAAGAGUGGGACAUGCUGACGGACAUCGAGCUUGUUCUACUGCUGAAGACGGACAAGCGACCGCGCUGCCUCGAGCUGGCGAAGCUCACCCCUCUGAGGCACGGUUACAAAAUGGUAGAGCGACUUCGCAAAAGGCUCGAGAUGUCGCCGCGCGACAAAAAGCUGUGGAAGCACGCGAAAGAGGUCGCCACCAUUGUCACUCAGGUGAUCAUCGCGCGCUGCAUGGUGCUGAGCGCCUGCCUGGGCGCCGGGCGCGACGCGCUGUACUGGUGCGCGCGCGCGCUGGCGCGGCUGCUGGCGCCGCGCCGCCUGCGCAGCGUCAGCGCCGCGCUGGCCGCGCCCGCCGCCACGGCCCGCCAUCUGCACACCUUCUGCGCCGCGCUCUCUGCCGAGUGUAAGGAGCUAAAAACGGACGUUUUGAUGAAGCCGUUCAUAUGCGAGCUGUACGUUCGCUCCAUCACUGCCGGCAUGAACGAACUAGAGCAGCUCAAACUUAAACCUGAAAAGGAAUCGGAGGCGCGGCUGUAUGAGCAGACGCUGGCAGGCUGGUUCACGCAGCUGGGCGGCCGCCUCACGGACAGCGUGCGCCUGCGCGCCGAGUGCGCGCUCACCGCCUUCAGCGUGCACCCCGCACGCAAGCACUACGAGCGCGUCGCCACCACCGUGCCUCCCCCCCGCCUGCCCCAGGCCCAAGAAUCGACUCCAGAAACCACAUCGGAGUACGGCAGCUGGGCGAACGACAGCCGAACACAGAGCAACCUCGUGAAAACGUCAGAGACCCUCCAACUGAAGCAGUCCCAGCAGCACCAGGCGAAUGUGUUGUCGACCGCUAUCCUCACAGAAGGGGAGGCUUUGGGGUUGGAGCCGGAACUGUGUCAGGAUCUGGCUGUUCUGCUCUCUGGGCCGAGGGUCAAGACUCUGUCGUGGGAUAUGGACAGGGAGGUUCUCCUGGAAAACUGCCGGUCGUACAUGGAGAAGACCCGCGGAGGCACCCGCGCCGUCACCACCGAGCUCAAGUACCUCAACCUGGACCCCAACGCCUACCAGCAUCUGCCUGAGGAGGAGGAUGAUGAGAAUGACGUCUAUUACGGCAUUGAGAAAGGAUAUGAACAUGAGGUCCAAUUCGAGGAGCCAGAAGAGAUAUGGCAAAACGCAUUCUUCGAUCCUGAACAAACGGAAAGUGCCGAUGACAGCGAAAUAGACCAGGCAUUCGGCAAGAAAAAGUCUAAGGCAAGUGUCGUCGAUUCUGAAGACGAAGACCCGCUCUGUACAAUAGCAGACGUCAAGAAGGAAAAGAAGAAACGCGCCAAAGAGAAGGACAAGGAACAAAAAAAGAAGAAGACCCACAAACAAGAUGACAGCAAAGAUAGCAGCACGGAGCGACGAAAAGACAAAGAUAAGAAAACCAAAAAGGAGAGAAAGAAAGACAAGUCUGAACAACCAGCGACAGGGUCAUUGAACAGUUUACUUGGAAUGAAGGUCGCUAAAGUAUCCUCACCAGUGCAGGAUGGGGAAAAGAGAGUAAGAAAGAAAAAGGAACGUCGAAGAGAGUCCACGUUUAGCUACGUCAGUGUAACUGACAGUGAUCAAAUCUCAGGCGACCCUAGCGUUCUGGUUGAUGGAGUGUUCUCUAUGGACGAACUCAAAUCGCCAGAAAGACUUAGUGCAGAUCGGCAAAAACUAGACAAUACUAAAACUACAAUUAAAAGUGAGAUGCAAAGCCCUGUGAUAAAUGACAUUAAAACUCAACCCAUGAGCUCACCAACAGUCACGACGACAAGUAGUGACUCUGAUGUGACAAGAGCGAAAUCACCUUACUUGACACCUAACCAACUAGCUCACAGACACUUAGUCAAUCCACAAGUGAAAUCUAGUCUGCAUAAACUCCUACAGUUUAGAAGGAACCAAAAUAAACUUAGAGCCGUGGCUAGACCAGCUCCAGCCAAUACUCAAACACAGACCAACUUGGCUAGACCAGCUCCGGCCCGUACUCCAACACAGACCAACUUGGCUAGACCAGCUCCGGCCCGUACUCCAACACAGACCAACUUGGCUAGACCAUCACCAGCCCAUACUCCAACACAGACCAACUUGGCUAGACCACCCUCAGCCCAUACUCCAACACAGACCAACUUGGCUAGAACACCCUCAGCCCAUACUCCAACACAGACCAACUUGGCUAGACCACCCCCGGCACAUACUCCAACACAGACCAACUUGGCUAGACCACCCCCGGCACAUACUCCAACGCAAGGCAGUUCACUUGUUGGCAUGAAAAUAUACAAUCCAGAUGAAAUACCUAAAGUCUACUUGAAUAAAAAACAAUGUAAACAGUUGGAAACUCUUUCAAAUGACGUGAUUAACCUUUUGAAAGGCACUACUGAUAACAUGCCUAGAAUACCUUGUAAAGAGUCUAAAGAUAAACUACAAAGCCAACAGAAUGUAUAUAACUCGCAGAAGUAUCUGCAGCAAUACAACAAUCCUGUACACAUGCCACAAAAAAUGUUGAAUGAAAGCCAAAAACUUUGUGAAUACACAACACAUAGUCCCGUAAAAGUUAUACAGCAAACUAUGCUAAACCAGUCACCAAAUAUGACUCAAACGAAUUAUGCUUCCCCUGCAAAAACAGCAGAAGUGAGGCCGCACGAUCUAAAUGUUACGCCACCGAAGCCAGCAAUAGUGUAUCACCCAUUACACAAAUCCAUGCAAAACUUAUCUACGGAUAAACAAGAACUUCCGAAGAAACCGCUUUUAAUAAAUGACCCUAAUUACUUCAGUCAGCAGCACGUAAAAUCGAAUGCUUCACAGCUCUCGCCAAAAAUUAUUAGCAAUACUGUCAUAAAACCACCAAGUCAAACCACUAUGGCUAAAGAUGAUUUCACUAAAUCGCAAGCGCACAGCAAUAUACAUCGAACUUAUAUGUCUAAACCCGCGCAAAAUGUAAGUAGCCAAAUGACGAAUUUGAAUAGCGACCUGAUGCGAUCACAAAAGCUCAGUAAUUCUAUGCAAAAUAUUACAGAGGUGCCAGGAUCGAGUUACAAUGCUACAAAAAGACACAUCCCUACACCUCAAGAUAUGCUACAUGGUCGAGCAAGUCAUGCGAAACCGUAUUAUGUUACACCACAGAGUGAUGCAUUAAAUUCGGCCCAACCCUUGCAUUCUAAUAGUAGCACACAAAUUUGUCGAAGUGGUCCAAUUCAAAACCGUGAGAAAGUUGAUACUGAUACUAAGACUCCACUUAAAACAGAAAAGAAUGAUAUUGACGAGUUUUUGAAGGAACUUUACAAAUCUAUACAUGCAGGCUCUGACAAAAAUGUGUCCGUAGAUUUAAAUAAAGAUGUUAAAUUGACUAUUCAAACACCUUCAUCAACAGCAAAAAGGACAGACUUAGUAACUCCACAAUGUGCCAAACAACAGUUACAACAAAAGAAAACUGAGAAUGCUCCUGCCACUUUCUCUCGACUCAGUUACAUGCAUAAAAAUAAGCAAAACGAAAUUAAAUUACCACUGACAGACUCUUUUAAUGUAGAACUAAACAAAAAGAUCAUUGAACACAAAAUAAGUAAGGCCAAAUGUCUGAAAAAUGAAAUUACAAUAUCUAGGGUCGGUAUAACGAACCCGGAUGUACAAGACCCACAGAAAGUGAUAAGGAGAAUCAACCAAUCUGGCUCGGCCUUAAAGAGAGGUUGUCCCCUACUGUCUAGUAUGUUAGAGUCUACAAGGUCACCUACCGUUCAGCCUCAUAGCAAUACGCCUACCACCAUUAACAAUGCUGCUGAUAAUCUGCCGAAUAGAGAAGACGCGGAUUUACUACUCCUACUGCGUAAUCCAACUCUUAUGAAACCAAAUGUCAAUAUAUACAUAGAUAAUGCCUCAAUAGGGUCUUCAACGAGCGACGGAUCGCACCAGUCUCUAAAUCCUCAAACCAAAGUAGAAAAUCAGGUUUCAAAACAACAAACAUUAGUGGGCACCAAAGUAAAAAACAUCAAUAUCCUAGACACUUGCUCGACGAAGAAAGAAUCAUCGUCAGAUGAUGAGUGGAAACGCGUUAUGGAUGCUAUAAGAGCCCGAAAAACAGAGCCGCUUGGUCCUAAUGCAUUAGAGCUAGCACUAAAGAAAGACCAAGGAAGAUAUUCUCAAGGCAGUUCAAGGACAAGCGGCAAGCGUGGGAGCGAGCUUGGACAAAGUUUAUUACAGAAUAAAUCUUCUGACACCAAGAAACGCGAACACCAUAGCUCAAAAGCUAGCUCAACUACUCGUAACCCAGACACUGAUAAACAUUCCGAAGUCCCUAAAAAGCCUAGAAAUGCUGAAGUUAUCAAAAAGACAUCUCCAGAAAUGCAUAAGAAAUUUGAAGUCCAAAAUAAACAAUCUAGUUCAAAUAUGACUAGGGGCGUUCCUCAUACUUCCACGAUUCCAAAUUCAGAUUUCGAUAUGCUAGACGAUCUAAUAGACGAUGAUUUACGUCGAGAAUUAGGAGAAAUAUCUUCUGACGAGGACGCUUAUCCCGUUCAAACUGCACCCGUGGCUAAAGGGAAAAGUCAUAAACACAUUCCAAAAUCAAACUCUAUUGUUUCCAAGGCAGCUACUACGUCUAAGGAAAAAACUCGCAUUGUUAAUCCUAAGACAAUCAUACGUAAGAAUCAAACCAAUUCAACAACAGCAGAUAGUCUCGUUCGUUCUGGCGUGAAUACCUUCUCCACAAAAGACUAUACGAAUGUGAUAGUAAAUAAUUCUAGUCAUCCAGCCGCAACACAUAUAGAAAACAGUCCACCAGAAAGUAAAUCUGAGACUGUGCAGCAAUAUGCACCAACUACCACAAUCAUAACUGAUCAAGUAGCUCAGAAUACAGCUAACAAUAUACUGACGCAUAUAGAAGCGAACCAAUAUAUGAACAAUAUUUUACCGACUAAUGUAAUACUUGCAUCGGUGCCACAAUCUGCGCCUGUUGUUGUUAUACGCCAAGAUCUUGUUUACGAUCCAUUCCCAACGAUACGUAUCCACGAGAGCCAAGUGAAUGCCGAGCUUUGCGCGAUAAACCAAAAUGUAUUUGCUGUAAACGCAGCCCCUAAUUUAGCAUUAUACCAAACUACGCAGUUUGCCGCGCCGGUCAUAAAUCCAUUUAUUAUCGGCAACGCUACGACUACCACUAAUGUAUCAAACCCAACCGCAAUGGAAAAUGAACACGUGACUCAAGACUUCGAAAAAGAAGAUUUGGACAUGCCGGUUGAAGAUAGCAUAAGCCUGGAAACUGCACUUAGACUUUCAGAUGCCGUAAGUGAGACUCCCGAACCUCCAAAUCUAGAUUUUAAUAUGAACAGGAAUUGUGAAAGAAAGGUGCUAUCUCAAGUGCAUGAAAAUCAUACGAAUGAUGUCGACAAGGAAUCUCAUAUACGCAGGCUGUCGAAUGAUGAUGUCCCUUUAAACACGGAACAAGACAAAGAGAGAAUAAAACUAAAGCGCCAGUCCCUUAUAAAUAGAAAGAUAAGUCACUUGGGCGGGCUUCCACCUAUAGCUCUCACCUACACACCGUUAAGUAAUAAAGUAACUCUAGGAAAGCUUUUACAGCAGGAAUCGCCGAAAAACGGCACUGUUAAACCUAAUCCCAUAUUAGUGCCAAGCACUAAAAAUGGCAUUGUAGCGGUAACCGCAAGUGUAAAGACUCCAGCAACUGAAGCAAAUAAUGAAAAUAUAGUUUCUACAGUUCAAGCGUCAAGUUCAAAAGAGAACAAACAAUCUUGCCGUCGUAUUUGGCUAAGAUCAUCGAAUAAGAUAACUAAUAAAAAAGUGGCACCUGUUAAACGUCCUCGAAUGCCACUUAAAAGAAAUACAAUCAAACUAAAAGUAAAAGAUAAUGCUAUUACGCAUGAGAAUACGUCUGUUACCAAUGUUAAAAAUGAAAAUAAAGAUAGCAUAAAAAUUACAACGCGUACUUCAAAUAGAAUACUAAACAAAAAUAAAAAAGAUAAAAAUGAACUCUCAAGUCCAUUAGAAACGCAACAAAAUGUUGCUGAAAACAACGAACUAAUUGAUUUUGAAGAAGAGCUAAACAGUUCUAUAGUAUUAAAGUCCUCAGGUGCAAUGGUUGAAACUUACAAGCUUGAAAACACAUCGAUACAAGAGCUGAGAUCGAAUGAUUCAGUAACAGAACAAGAUAAACAAUCAGAAGUUAUUAAAAAUACUGAAGCCACAUCUCAAUCUAAUAUUAAAUUGGAACCAACAGUGGUAAUAGAAAAACUAAAAAAUCAACUAGGCGAUCAACUUGCCAAAACGUCUGUGAAGGAAGUAACUGUUAUCGCUAAAAAUCAGAAUCUGAAAAUAUUAGCAAAUAAAGACCAGAAUCUGACAAUAUUAGCAAAUAGAGAUAUAACUACUGAAGACUGUGUUAUUGAUGAAAAAGCAACACCCAAAACUUCUGGUUCUGAACCUACCGGACUUCCGCUUUUUGUUGAUGAAGCAACUAAGUUAAAGCCAACUGUAAUCGAAGACCAGAAAGUUAUUAAACAAACUACUGCAGUUGGUUCAUCGAUACUGCUUGAUGAAAGUAAUAAAUUGAAGUUGGUGGUAGUUGAUGGCCAAAACGUUGUCCAACAAAAACUGGCAGUCAAUUUACCGCUUAAUGAUCAAAACGUUGUUAAACAUUCUGAAACAACAGAAAAUGUAUCUGAAUCACUUGAGAGACGUGGUUCUAUAGAAGGCAGAAGGGAUGAAUUUGAAAAUAAUAAGUCACAAAUAUUGAAUAUUGUACCAAACACAGAGAUGCCAACAGAUACAACGACGGUUAUCAAAUCCAACAGUAGUAUUAUUUCACCAAAUACAGGCAACACGAUGCCGACAAAUGCUGAAAAUAAAAUAAAUAUUGAAACCGAUCCGCAAAAACCAGUGCGAAUACCACCCCUAGAGUGCUCUAACGUAAAUAAUAAUCCCGUGUCGGUGGUAGAAGACGAUAUUGUGGAAAUCAUCGAAACAUCAACAGCAGAAACUGAACAAAAGGAAACGAAGGAUGUACAUUCAAAUACUGCAAUACUAAAAUGUAACCAGCUUGAUGAAACUUUGAGUAAAGGACAGCAGGAAACGAUAGAUACAAGUAAGUCGCUUUUGUGUAAGGAAAAUAUCAAUGAAGUUCUUAAUGACAAAAGUGCAAAUCAGAACUUUAGCACUGAAAAGGUGGACGAGUGCAAAUUUGUCGAUCGACAGUUAUCAAACCUUAAAGAGUCUAAUAUAAAUGCCAAGCCAGAAACACAACAUAACAAUCUUAAAGACAUCGAAAGGCCUGAACUACAAGCAACGACUCGUGCAUUGAGAAACGCUAGUUAUAAAAAUGUUAUUGAUACUAAAAAAAGUCUAAAGACAGGAACAUACAUGAAAGGAGAUAUAAAAAUUGAAGAAGAUUCUUUAGACGACCCAAAUAAAAAAUUAGUUCGUAUUUUUCUUCCGAAUGGCAAAGUAUUCAAAGCUACGAUUUUUGGUAAAGUACAUGGUGAUUUCGAUUCUUUGUUCGAGCACCCCACCAUGCGAGCUAUUCUAGCGGGGAACGCUCAUAACGCCGGAAAACGAUACACUGUGAAUUAUAAACAAGUCCAGAUGAAAAAUGAUUCCACUAAAAUGAUUCAUCAAAUUCAGGAUUUACGUGUUAAAGAGGCAAAAGCUGCGUCGAUACCUGUUGACACUGUAAAUUUAAUCAGUGACGACGAAGACGAGGUUCAGACUCGUAGUUUUAACACUGAAUUUGGCAAAUAUGCCACAAAUCAUGAUCAAGUAACAAUUGCCAUACAUCAGAAAAAGUUUGAUCAAAGAUGCGAAGUCAAAAUGCUUAACGGUGACUUGUUUAAAAGCAAUAGAACGAAGCCUAAAUCACAACCAUUGCCGUUAGAAAAGAACUCUUUACUGACCAGACAUCAGAGUAAACUGUUAUCUUUUGCAUCAUCUAUGACAAGUAUAAUCACUAAAGAAGAAACUGAUUCUAAUGCUGAUAAAUUAACCCAAGCACAAACGACACCUACGCCUUUAUUGGGACAAGCUACUCCUAUAGUUUCAGAUACGACUGAUGUCAUCGAAAUUGACGAUUCUUCUAAUGACAGUAUAGAAAGCCAAACACUAGAAUCUGACUAUAAUACAAACAUAGAGCCUGCGAAAGUCGUGGCGCUGGCGAAUUUAUUGUUACAAGAUCUUGGUGUAGAAACAGACAAAGUUAACCUCCCUUCUCCUGUCAAGAGCGGAGCCGCUGUUGUUAAUUUGAAGAGCGCAUUACUGCAAGACCUUGGCAUAGUUCCUGCGGAAACUCCAGUAAUUGACAUAACGGAAAAUGACGAGGAAGUGGUCAUUUCAACAGACGUUCAGGAACAAAAUAAAAACGAAACGGAAACGGUAACUAAUGUUGCGACGGAAGAAAAUAAGAUAAUCAGAAAUGAGGAACAAUAUAAUCUUAAAAAAUGUGUUGUGAAAAUUGUUAAAUGCGAAACGCUUAUAAAAAAAUAUGAACUUAUGAAAAAAAUGAAGCAUUGCUAUGUUAAAAUGGAGCGGCUUAGUAACUCGAUUCUUCAAACUGAAAACGUUUGUAGAAUGAGUGAAAAGGCAAGUGAUAUCGAAACAUACAAAAUGAACCAAGACAAUGCUGAAGAGUUCAUUGAAUUUGAUGUUGAUGAACCAUGUAGUUCACCACAGUUAUCACGUUGUCCUUCAUUAUCAAUUUUAAAUAGUUGGGAUGAUGACAGUCAACCUUCUCUGGAAAACCCAUGCUGUACUUCACCGGUUAUGAAGAUUUACGAUACGUUAGUACAGUUGCGCAAUAAAUUAAAAACUGAAUUGGUCCGAGAAUCUAAAGUACUACUACCAUCGACUUGUGAUUCUGAAUGGACCAUGACAAAAUUUGGAUACUCUCAAGAAAUUCUAUCAGCGUCAUCUAAAGUACCAGUAACAGAAAUUCGAAACCUGUUGCCCGUUUGUGAUAACACUGCGAGUGCAGAAAAACUUAUAAUGGCAUUCGAGACACCCAAACUUCUAACGAUAACACUAAAAUUCCUAGAAGAUAAUCCCAAUUUACUAUGCCGUUGGGAAUUUGCGCGUAGAAGGGAAUUACAUUUAAAAAACAAAUCUUCGCCAAAUAAAUUGAAAAGAAGAGCUGAAGAAAUCGUAGGUGAUAUUGUUGCGAGUAAAAUAUUGAAAUUAAGGACAUUAGCGUUGAAAAGUUUAAACUCCAGCCUUAAAACUCCUAGUAUGCCCAUCGAUAAAGAAAAUAUGGAGUUCCAGUCAAACACUUUUGAAGCUUACCCUAAAUAUAAAACUACAACUGUCGAAAACAUUGAAGAUGAUUGUCUGAAUUUGCUUACUGAUAGUACAAGUGACACUGAUAUGAAUUCCCAAAGUGAGGACAAGCACGAAGAGACCAAUCUACAAGAUACUAAGAUGAUUGUCGAUUCCAUAAUGAGUCCAACUGAUAUUGCAAAACUUGGGAAAGAAACGCCCGAAGAAGUACCCGGUAGUCUUAUGGAUAAUUCAGAAACGGAAGAGUUGGAACCAGCUCAAACUGAUACAAUUAUGGGUGACGACAAUGCAUUGCAAUUGAAAGAGGUUCAAAAUAGUGUUGCAUGCUUACCUAGCGAUAUUGACACUUUCGACAACGAUUUUUUAUUAGAAUAUCGAGAAGUAUCUUCCCCUUCAUUGCUCAGCGAUUAUGUUGAAACUUUUGAUGAAGAAAAUAAAAUAUACAAAAAUGUCUUGAACGAAGUAUUUAACGAUAAUACGCCCUAUUCAAAGGUGAUUACAACGGACAAUCUAGAACUAAUAUCUUCGCCACCGCUUAGCGAUAGUACCGGAGGUGAUGACGAAGAAAAUCAAACAAAUACAGACGCUGUUAACGAUCAGUCAGCAAAGUAUACACCAACACAUUCGAGGGAUGACAAUUCUGUCACAUGUUUGGCAAAAGUUGGAGAUGACAACGACAAACUUACCUCUCCACCACCGUUUAGUAAUAACAAUGAAAAUGGCGUUAAAAAGAAACGAACAAGUAUAAGCGUUAGCAAUGAAGAGACAGAGCUGAAUGACGUUUCAUUUUUAAAGGAAGUAGAUAAUUUUGUCGCGUGCUCACCCAAAGAAACGAACUCAUCUGAAGUCAAAGAUAUAGAGGAUAUCCAAGAAGUAACAUCAGCUUCGCUUACCAAUAAUAAUAAAUUUGACAAAGAAAGUGACAUAAGUAUUAAUAUCAAUAACGAGGAGGCAGUAAAUGUGUCACAAUCGAACGAGGCAGAAUAUCCCGCCGCAUCAUGUAGCAAAACUGACGGUUUAAACAGAGAUAUUACAGAGGAUAACCAACAAACACCCUCCCCGCUGCCACGUAACGAUAAUGCUGAAGAUGACAGAGAUAAACAAAUGUGUAUUAACUUGAUGGAUGUCAUAGAGGACAGCCAAGAAGUAACAUCGCCAUCGCUCACCGAUAAUAAUGAAUUUGACAGCGAAAAUGACAUGAGUGUCAAUAACGAGGAGGCAGUAAAUGAUGUAUCACAAUCUAAGGAGAUAGAAUAUUCCGCCGCAUCAUCUAACGAAACUGAAGGUUUAGACAGAGACAUUACAGAUGAUAACCAACAAACACCCUCUUCGCUGCCACGUAACGAUAAUACUGAAGCUGACAGAGAGAAACAAAUGGAUAUUAACUUCAUGGAUGUUAUAGAGUGCAGCCAAGAAGUAAUAUCACCAUCGCUUACCGAUAAUAAUGCAUUUGAAAAAGAAAAUGAUAUGAGUAUCAAUAUCAAUGACGAGGAGGCAGUAAAUGAUGUAUCACAAUCGAAUGAGGUAGAAUAUUCCGCCGCAUCAUCUAACGAAACUGAAGUUUUAGACAGAGACAUUACAGAUGAUAACCAACAAACACCCUCUUCGCUGCCACGUAACGAAGCUGACAGAGAGAAACAAAUGGAUAUUAACUUCAUGGAUGUUAUAGAGAGCAGCCAAGAAGUAACAUCACCAUCGCGCACCGAUAAAAAUGCAUUUGAAAAUGAAAAUGAUAUGAGUAUUAAUAUCAAUAACGUAGAGGCAGUAAAUGAUGUAUCACAAUCGAAGGAGGUGGAAUAUUCUGCCGCAUCAUCUAACGAAACUGAAGGUUUAGACAUAGACAUUACAGAGGAUAACCAACAAACAAACUUCCCGCUGCCACGUAUCGAUAAUGCCGAAGCUGACAAAGAGAAACAAAUGGAUAUUAACUUGAGCAAUGAAGAGGCAGUAAACAAUAUAUUACAAUUGAAGGACGUAGAAAGUUUCGACAAAUACAUUACUGAGGACCACCAAGAAGAAAUGUCUCCACCGCUGUUUAGCGAUAAUACUCAAACUAGCGGUGAAGAUGAAGCAAACGAUCUAAUACAAUCAAAGGAGGUAGCAAGUUCUGCCUCAUCACCAAGCAAAGCCGAUUUCGGCAAAGAUUUAUCCGAUGACAAUCAAGAAGUUACGUUUCCUCCACCGCUUAGCGAUAAUACUGAAACUGACGAUGAAGAUAAUCAAAUGAGCGUAAUCAACAGCAACAACAGACAGUCAAAGGAGGUAGAAAAUUACUUGGUAGGCUCACUAAGCGAAACUGACUACUCCAACAAAGACAAAAUAGAGGACAUACAUGUUGUAACUGCGCCAACACCUUUUAGCGAUAAUAGUGAAACUGUUCAUAGUGACGAACAAAUAAGUACAGACCUCAGUGAAAUUGUCACUACCGUCAAAGGUGCUAUAGAUGAUAUACAAACAGUAAAUUCUCCCAUACCGCUCACCGAACACACAGAAACUAAAGAAAAUCAUAUAAAAAAGAGUAAAAAUACCAGUAACCAAGAUCCAACUACCGACACUUUGCAUAUAGAAGAAAUGGAUAUUAGUGAUGGAUUGGAUGAAAUCUCUAUAGACGAGCUACCUACUGACGUUUGUGAAGUUGUGGUUAUUGCUACAGACGUUGACGAUAUAGAUAUUGUUGAAACGUUGAUGAACACCAGUAAAGAAAUAACCCAAAUGGCUAAAGACGAUGCUUCGGGAAUAAAUCCCGAUUCGGAGAUUAAAUCACCAGAUUUUAUAGAUAGUAAGAAAAUCUUUUUUAACUAUCAUGAUUAUACUAAACGGCCCAAAAAGAAACAAAACAUUACUACAACAAAUUCAGUAAGUAGCAAUAUUACUGUCUACACAAAAGAUAAUGUUUCCGUAACUGAUUUUAAUAUGGAAAGCGUAAGUUUAAAGGAGCAGAUUAGAAAGGACACACCACCUUGUGAAAUAAUUACUAACAAAAAUUGUCCUCUAAAAUCAAAGCCAGAGUGCAAGUACGAGUUAAUUCAAGAAGAUGACUUCUUAACUGUAAACAUCACAACUGAAAAUGAUGUAGACAAUAACAAAACAAAAGCUGUAUAUUCAAGUCCCAACGUUGUUGAGGAAGAGACAGUUGUCGUUGCGUCGCCUUGCUCUAAUAAUGCUGAUGAUAUCAAUCUCAAAGGUUUUGAGUUUGAAGACGUAUACAUAUUUCCAUUGAGCCAAUCAGGUAGCAAUAACAGCAACCUAUCUAACGACAGCCUAGUUCAAGAAUUAAAUAGUGAAAGCGUGACUUACGAUGUACCGAGUGACCUACAUGAUAUCGAUUUUCACGUAAAAGAACCUAAAAUUACGUAUUCCCGAAAACGUAAAAUGAGCAUGAGAGACGUAAAAGUGUCAGAAAAGAAAUAUAGAAAAGGUAAAAAUAUUGACUGUUCAAAACAAACGCAAUUUAGCAUGCUUGAAUUAGCCUACAGCAAAGAAUAUAAGAGACUACUAGAAUAUUGUUCGUCAGUUAAGUUUUCAUAUUCACGCCCUUUUCAUAAAGAAUGUAUUGAAAUUGAAGAUCUGAUGGGCAACUGGCCCGUAAAUAGUGUUUGUUAUGAUGUCGCUCCAGGCGACGUUGCUGAUGAACGUUUAUUUGUUGACUUAGAAUAUUAUGAUACUUAUCAACCGGAUCCCGCAACACAAACAUUUGUUGAAGAAAUUAGUUACGAAUAUAAUAAAACUGAUGCCGCCCAAGAAGACCCAAAAAUUGAGGCUAGUGAAACAAAUUUCAAUAUGGGUUUUGGUGAGGGGUCCGGCAGAGUCAUCCAAAUUUUGAAAAAACAAAGCGAAUCAAAUAUUUCGGCUGCGACUCUGUCGGACGUAAAGCAAUCUCAGCCGGUUUCUAAGUCCGUAGACCCCGACGACUGCAACGAUGUAAGAACGAACAACGACGAUCAAAUAAAGAAAAUAAGGCAACAUGUAAAUUUCAUCGAACUACGGGAUAAGGUUCGGCAAUUUUUCAAGAAAUCAUCCGUUGAAUUGAAGUCUGACUGGGUGCAGCAGUACACAAAAGAUGAACUUCAACCGGAAGAUUUCCCUUUUGGUCUUUGUAGUUUUGAUUAUGUAAUACCAAUCCCAACAAACGUCAUAGUCCAAGUGGUUCAAGUAGGCCAGCUUCCCGUAAGUGCAGCUGCUCAAAAUCCAGUAACAUGUGACCCGCGAGUGACACAGGUGUCGGACGCCAGUCCGUCCCAGUGUUCAGUGGACAAUAGCCCCAACGAUGACUCUCAAUCUGAAAUAAAAACCGAAUAUACAGAGUUAACAACUGCCGAUUUGUCUUUACCUCUCCAAGAAUAUGCACAGCAAAAUCAAGCUAGUCUUGCAUCUCAAGACAGCAAUGUUGAGUUUACUGAACAAACGAUUUCACUUGAAAUGGAAAUAAAAGCAGAAGAAAGCCCUGAAAUAAAACAAGAGCUGCCAGACAUUAAAGAGGAGAAAAGUAACUCUUCUGAUACAGAGUUGCAUACUCUAAACAACAUAACGCCCGAAAAUAUGGAUUACUCGUUCGAAAAUAAUACAGCCAAGUCUGAUGCCAGCAGUGUAAAUUAUGACUCUUCUGAGCAAAACAGUUCUGAAACGUUUUCUCAGCAACGUCAACAAAAUGGAACAUUGGAGAAGACCAAUCAGAUCGCGCAUGCCAUGAGCGCUGCUGGCAUCACUACAACACCAGAGGCUGUAACUAAUACUAGAGCUCACGCUUUAGUAAAUAUCCUUUCUCAGAAAAUACGACAAGGCUCCGCAAACACCACGCAAACUACAACAAAUACGUACUCGAAGACAUCAAUUAACGCUAUGGCUCUGCAACAAGCCUUAGCCCAAAUUUUGCCCCCACCGUUGAAUCAGACGGGGUCCAGUGAAAACAGCCAAUCACAGUCGACCCCAGUUGGGCCUCAAGUUCUGCAUAUUGUACAAGGAAAGAAUUCUUCGGGCAAUCAGAUUACGCUUGUAGAUAACUCUCAACAGUCUGUUAUAAGCACGCCUAACGCAACCCAGGUCCUGCAUAUUGUGCAAAACAAAAAUGCGACAUCGGGCCAAACUUCCAAUGGAACCCUAACACCACAAGCUAACUCAUUUAGCAGCCUGUCAUUGGUCGACGCCGGUCUUCAACAGGGCGGGAACCAACUACUACAUAUUGUCAACACAGGGAACCAGAAGACUGGUAGCCCUGGCCAGUUACUAAAGCGUGUCAACCUUCUAACGAAUCUUACUAACGUACAAGGGUCAAAUGAACAAAAAAUGGUACAAUUCGUAUGCAAGUCUGCGGACGGCAAAGCUAUUCAACUGAACGCACCUCAUCAGCGAAGUAUGGUUUUAAGACUACAGCCUAUUGAGACUCCAAAUGUUCACGCCCUGGCCACAAAACCUGCGGAGUCUCAAGAACUGAACACAUCAUCAACUGGUUCGACUGCAAAUAAAGAAAGCCCUAGCCAACAAGAAAUUAAAUCUCGUUCCAUCUAUGAAGAAAAUUACGCCAAAUUCAUACAGAACUCGUCCAGCAAAACGCCUGGCUUAGAAAAGUCUACCAGCUUGCCAAAAUUUAACCAAGCAUUCGGCAAACCGGUAUUUCAAGAAGGCAGUCAAAAGCAAGGUGAAACUGCAACUAACAAUUCUCAUUUACCUCCCGUGAACAACAACUCUGAAAAUGCUGAAUGCCCGGCGAACGAUAAUGCAAUUAACUUGGAGCACAUGGGGAAUAUUGCAAAUCCGCCACUGCUCAUUAGGAAACCAGUAGUGACUACACAAUCGCAAUCCAAUAUCGUGCAACAAAUCAAGCAAACAAUCGCGCCCAUGAACAUUCAAACUAUGCACGGUGGCGUCAUUUACACGCGUCAAAUACCUGUCAAUAUUGGUGGAGGGCAAACUAUAAAUCUAAUAACAGUCCCUAGCACCGAGUUAAUAAAUGAUGACUCGUCUAAAACACAAUCUCAAAACAACCAGGGAGAAAUAGAGCCAUCUAUUAUUAAGAUUGUCCCUCAAAGCCAGACUACAACAAAUAAUGAGAGUUCGCAAGAAGAAAGUAAUAGUCAUGCAAGUGGUUUGAACGAAAAUACUCAAACUCCUCAGCCACAGCCAGUCUUAACGCAAAUGAGAAUAAAACUACCCAUGUUGAGUAAAGCCCCGCAAAUGGUACCCGGUGCCAGAGUCGUCAGGCCAUCGUUUUUCCAAAUCCAAAGAAACGUUAUUGGCGGUGCUAACCAACCGGUAUACCAACAACUUGUGUUAACGGCCGCCCCGCCGCUGGGCCAACAAACGAUUAGACUGCCAUCUCAAGCAAGCCGGCCCGUUAAAGUCCCUUCAGAAAAUCAAUCCUCUUCUGAAUCUCAGAUGAGCUCGUCCACAUUAGAACAGCUGCGAGAAUUCGACAUGGUUUUAGAACAAGUGAAAGAGAGAAGCACAUCGACGCCAAGUGCAAACUCAAACAAUAGCUCUUUUAAAAUACAUACUUCUUCAGACACUACCGAUGGUAACGCUUCUAGCAACUGUUCUACAGAAUCAACCUCACAAGUGCUAUACUCUAUCGGAAACAAUCAGUCACUAAAUGUGGCUUAUGUUAACAGAAAAACUACUGUGACUACUCCUACAACGUCAACCUACGUGCGUUCGCCUGACUCCUCGGGUAUCGCAGAUUCACCGACAUCUUCGACGCACGCAAUACCUCACACUGUGACCACAGACUCGUCCCCCACGGAUAUGUCUUCCCAAUCAAAACCAAAAGUGGGCUCUAAAUCAAAAUCAAGACCGAAAUCGACCUCAAAUCCACCGAACACCCUUAAAUUGAGCUCCUCUGUUCCGCCGAAGACUUCAUCGCAGAAACCUUUAGAAGACGAGCAAACUACCCAAAGGAUACUGUACAUACUGGCUGAAUAUAAAGAGCAAGUAGAAAACUCACCAGACAAAGAUAAACCUGCACCACGUAGGAGGUCCAAUCCGCCUUCGAACCCUGGAUCAUCGAAACGUAAGAAGAGUUCCAGCUCACGUCGAUCGGGUACGAGGGAUAUGAGUCCCGUUCACGGUGAAGACACCUGCCGCACGAUGGGCUCGGAAGACAGUAGCUGCGGUACUUCUCAAGGGGACUGUACAGAAAGCUGCCUAGACAGUCACUCUCCACAAGAUAGUCCGCGUAAAGUCGCCCGAAAGAUAACCUUUGAUCAAGAUCUGACGAUCACUCAACCUCGGCCGCAACCUCAGAGAAAUGUUAUAGUAGCUGACGGGCAGACCAUUACCGUCGCUCGCGGGACCACUGGAAAACCAGCCACUGCAGUUUUGAUGCCAGCUAACUACAUCUUACCCGUGUCUAUGGUGAAAGGCGGUCAGCAGAUCGCUAUUGUAACCAAUCGAGGCCCGAAAUUAUUGACUGUUGGAGGCGAAGGCGGCGCGACCAACGCGCUUCUGCUUCAGCGGUUAAUAGGGCCGGCGGGUUUGAAGCCUGUGCUAACCCGUCCGGGGGUACGACACGUAAGGCUACCUACGGCUGCCUUACAUAACCUUCAAGCGUUUAACUUGGCCACAGCGACAACGGUUCAGCCUCCAGACAGCACAGCGUCGCCGACACCAGGUCCAACGCCUCCUGAGCUCGUCGAUACGCGCGCCAUCAGCUCUCCCUGGACUGAUCGGGACGAGGUGAAGCCAGAGCGCAGCUCGAGCCCCGAGGGCUCGGAGCCCUGGAAUCUUCCAUCCGCCGACGCGCACGAUUACACCUACGAAGAGACCGUGCGCACUGACAACAUGGACCGAACCGUGCUGGAUCAGAUCCCAGAUCGAUACAGUCCCGAUAUGGAAGCGCAAAGGAUAUUUGAUAAGAUGUUCGACGUAGACUCGAAAAAGUCAUACGCCGUCGAUUCGCCGCGUUGCGCGUACGAUAUAGACCCGUCCGAUUGCGACGAUAAGGCCUACCAGGUUGUGCAAAAAAAAGACGGUUCGCAGAGGCAACACAGGCUUGCCCACGUGUCGGCUGCCGCUCUGAGGCACAAGUACGCUAUACUGGAACACGAGUUGAGACUACAAAAAUCUCUAUCAGAGGAGUGCGAAGACUUGGGAGUAGAUUCCCCCUCCGCAUCAGAACUGUUUCCCGAGGCGGAGCUGCUCUUUGCCAACUCACCUGCUCAUGAGCACAACCAAGAACAUCAUUCGCACACCCCUCAACCUCACCAAAGCUCGAUACCCCAACCGGACAUGGACGAUCAAAUCGCCACGGACCACCUGAUCCCGCGCGAGAUCGACGUCAGCCUCGGCCUGGGUGACGUCGGCAUAGUGGCCGUCAGUGAAGACGGAAGCGCGACCAUAGCGUUGGAUCAGGAGGAGUUCGCGAGGUCACAUCCCAAUACGACGUUCCACAGCGAACCGACGGAAGGAGUGGUGCAACCCUUUACGAUAGCCGGGAUCAAAGGCCGCCACAUCACUUCCACAAUAUUCCACUCCAACAGCGCGCCAGCCACGGUGCUAAUGACCGCCCCUCAAGCCACCGUCAUCUCACAAGCUCCAGAGCACAGCGUCAAGUACGAGAUAGAAAACAUGAUCAACUCCAUGCCCAGCUCCCACAAUAAUAAUAUCAACCUCUCUUCGGUCCUGGUGAAAGAUGACGGUUUGACCAGGUACGACAACAUCCUCACAGACUCUAGGGAACUGCAUCUGACUAAUACGGCGUCCGCCAUAGUGCACUCGUCGGGCAACGCCACACAAGUCAUCAGAAGAGUCUGCUACGAGGACGACAAGAGAGAACGAGACGCCAGGUACCUCAUCGACGAACCCGAUAAUCUAAUCGCGGGCGACGACGCGAAAAUGAUCGCCGAAGACAGCUCUAGAGAUGCGACCGUAGAGUCUAUAGCCGACGGAGAUGACGAUAGAUCCAGCCCGGAGCGGCACGCCGAGCUGUUCUGGGAGUCCAACUCGGCGUCCGAACGCUCCGAAAGCAGGCGGCCCCUGGACUUCAGCAGCGACAGCGACAAAUGUUGCAAGAGUCCGUCUUACGACGAGACCAAUUCGACAGAUUCGAGCGGCGUCGGCACUCACAUGAGGCUCGACUCCGUGAUCAAAGAGGCGCGGGGGCGGGAGCGGGAGCGGGAGCGGAGCGGCAGCGCCGACGGCUCGUCGGCCGACGACACGCACCCUCCGCUCCGCACGUACCCCCCCAAGCGGCCGUACCACCCUCUGGAGGGCGAGGCGGAGAGGAGCCUCUCCGGGAAGACGCGAGCGGGCGAGCGGUCCCCGGACAGCCUGGAGGUGCGCCGGCGAGCGUCGGGGCGGGGCGUGGUUAAGCGCGGGUGCCACUGCUGCAACGGCUCGCCCGCACCGCCGCGGCCCAAGAAGCCGCGCCAGCGGAAACCCACUCUAGACUUCAACACCGACAACUGAGAGCCGCGGUCUGUCCGCUUGACUGAUAUGCGAUCUCAACCACGAGGUUCCGACUCUUUUGUAGGUGUAAUAUAACAUAAUAAAAUUGUUAAAUUGUUUUGUAUAUAAUUUUUAUAUGUAAGUAAGCGUUAGCUCCGUUCGCAGCAAGUUCGACGAGUGAUUUAUUUUGUUGAAGUUUUAGUUUUAAGUUCAAGUGGUCGAUUUCUAGAUGUUAAAAGUAUGAUUUUCCGCGAAGUCUUGUCACACCGGUCAGUUCAAAUAGGGUGUCUUUAUUUUUUUAACGGUGCGUACCGAAUAGUUUGUGAGACUUGUAUUUAAUUGUUAAAAUUGUCUUCGUGUAAUAUAUCCGUAUACAUAUUGUAUUGAUAUGUACUUGUAUAAAAAUAUAUUUCUAUAGGUAACCUCCAAUUUAGUGUAAGCGUUUCCGAUAGUGAUUACAGGCCAUACUCAUUGUGAAUUUAUUCCUUUACGCAUUAAAUGUAUCUUUAAUUUUACGUGGUCGUGUUUUUCGCUCAGCGUGUAUCGUUUCGCCUCCAUCCGUACGUCCCAAAAACUGUAUCAUACCGUAGCUUAAGUUGACUACCAACUUCCAAGGGAAAACCGCACAAAAUGAUUUUUAACGUCUGACUGCGAUUUAUUUUUGAGACUUGAUUUUUCUAAAAAAUUAACGUUCGGUGCCAAACCGUAGUCAACUCCGCGCUUGCGUUCCGUGGACGCUGCUCCUUAAACUGGUUUAACUAGAUAAUGUGUUGAUUUAGUGUGAAUUUGGUAUUCAUAGUGUAAAAGUAAAUUGUGUAAAUAAUAGAUUUUGUCCCCCAAUUUUGUCUCGGGGACCGUCUAGUCACUAUACCGGUAAUAAUAGUAUAAAUGUUGGUUCUAAGGCCGAGAGAGGUCUAACUCCAACAGGCAUCGCGCAGUAUUGACACUUGUACAUAAUGCCUGAGUUUAACGGCGCAGCUCUGGUAACGCAUUGUACAUAAAAUAAUGUGUUAACAUAUGCCUUACGGCCGUAUUAUAGAAAUAAUGUAACUGGCGUCCUUACGCCCGACUCAAUAUAAUCCAUAGUUCAGAAGUUACUUCAGUAGGCGUAUAAAUAGUGUAUUGGUUAAUGUGAGAUAGAUUCUUAUCGUCGAGCCCUGAGGCAAUAUUUUCUCGGAUUUAUGACUAGAGGCACCUUUAUUAGUCUUUCGAGAAAUUGACAUAAUUUUUUCUGGGUAUCCGCCAUUUUUAUAAUUAAGGUUCAAAUUUUGUAUAAUCAAAUUGUUAUUGUUCAGUGGGCGAGCUCCGCGAUAUUAUCUACGAUUUCAGUAUUCCAUUAUAUUAUUUUUCACAUACAAGUAGAAGUUUAUAAAAAUAUUAGAUAUACAAUGAAACUGUGUAUAGGUUUCAUCGUUUAUUUUUAAAUCACCAGAUUGUGUUUCCGUGAAUUUAUGUGAACAUUAUUUUUUAAAAAUGCUAAAGAGAAAAUGAUCAUUAAAACUUAUCUAUUAAAUAA